AUGGUUCACCUUCUUACCGUCGUAUCCGGCCUGGCUGCCUUACUAUGUACGGUUGCCCUGGUCAGCAUCGACCUCGUUCUUGCUGUUCAAGCUGGGCCUGGAUCCCAAGUCAGGGCAUCGGCCACAGCCUCUGCCGUUCUAGAAACCCUGGUUUGGGCUAUCAUUGCAACUUCCCUUUCCAGUCUAUUCUUCAAGUCAGCACCCACAUUCCUGAGCAAUUGGUCCCCGAGAAGACGCAGCAUUAAAUUCGGCAUCUGUGUCCUGCUCAUUAUCAGCGGAACUGCGGCUUCACUUGCAAACAUCAUUUGUCUCAACCAGGUGUCGGAAAAGAACAACAGGGAGGCUUUCAAUGGAUCGAAGCGUGUUUUCGUCCUCAACCUGUCCGUCUUCAUGGCGAUGGCUGUCGUCUUCCAGUUGGCAUUCAUUGCCAUGUAUUUCCUGAUCAUUCGCCGUCUCUCUGUCGAUGAAAACUCCUCACUCCACAGCGAAGGGUAUUCAUCCAAGCUCUCCCUCAAGUUGCGUGUAAAGGCAGUACCUUAUGAUCGAACUCGGCCUACCAAGUCCGAGAAGCUCGAGACCAAUUCGUUCGAGUCAUCAACCGAAUUUUCCACCAUUAGUCGACCACCCUCUGCAGCUAUCGUGUCGCCCAGAUCCUCCAUGUCUCAGACCAUCCGCACUGUCUCAUCCAAGACUAGACUGUUGCCAACCAGAGAUAUGCGGAGGAGCCCAUCAGUUGAGUCUACCAGCUCUCGAAGAUGGGAAUCCGACGACCACUCCGACUUGGGCGACGGGGCUUCCUUGGAAAUGGGCAGAAAUAACAGGGGUAUGAAGCGUGAGAACUCUGUCUCAGCAUACGGCCCACCCCGAUCGCUUGCACCUAUCCCAGCCAGCCCGACGGUCAAUGACACACCUGUUUUCGGUACCCCCGGCGAUUUGGAGCUCCCCCCACCCAUCCAUGCGCGUGGACGCAGCAAUAGCGAUGGAUCGGUUAGGGGAAGUAUCAGGGCUAGCUCACCCUGUGGGAGUGUCGAGAGUGCCGAGCUUCACAUUCACCCAUUGUUCCGCUCCGACUCGCCUACUCCACCUCCUCUCGCCAGCCCAGGAACCUCGGUCUUCUCAGCACCCAAUGCCGGGAUGGUUUUACCUCGACGUGCCAGCAACCAGUCUCUCAAGCGGAUCCGAAGCAGCAGCUUGAUCUCAAACUCCAGCCCGCUGGCUCAGUCGAGCACAUUUGAAGCCGCACCCCAAAGAAAGCCAAUCGACGAGCAGCAGAGCAUUCGGGAGGUAGAAGAGGAGACAGACUUGGCUUCACCUAUCCCCAUGUUUGUGCUCAACGCUGGGGGCCGCUAA